AUGAAUCCCAAAAUAAUCAUUAAGGCACUCAAGAUCAAGAUCGCACUGAAUCGGUUGUCAAAAGCAAAAGAGAAUGCAGUCCGGCUCCACCAAGGACUUCCUCCAAUCCAACCAUGGUACAGACAGUGUUACAUCAGCUGUAUGUCAUCUCUACGAAACGCAUGCUGCCGGGUAUUCUGUCCCUGUUGUAUUUUAGACAGACCAAGACAAUUACCAAACAACUGUUGUGGACGUAUUUUCACAAAUGGAACCUAUGAAAAUGGAUUGAUGAGGAAUGUUUUGGGUCUGAUCCUGGGGAUGUUAGCUACUCUUAUCAUUUACCUCGUCAUAGCUUUCCAGUUUAAGUUUCAACCUUUGACCGCCGGAAUUUCGGCCUCCGUAGUUGGUGUCUUUGUUACCAAUGGCAUGGCGUUCUGUUCUGGGAUGCGAUGCAUUGCCUUUCUGACCGUACCACAGCUGUUCUCGAGUACAGGUCGGUACUUCCUGUUAAUGUACGUUAUGAUACUGGUGAUGUCACAUCCGGUGAAAAACUUCAACCAUAACAUCUUGGUUAUGUCCGACAGUUCCACAUGCGGUCAGCAGAUGGCACACAACCAGACAAAGGAAUUAGUGGACGCCGCUGUUGCACCAAUUGCAGGUGUCAUUGAGAACGUCCGAAUUGUGAUCAAAUCACUGAAGAAUUUCUCUGGAAUGUUACGGAAGUCCUUUUUGGUACUAAAGAAGUCGGUGACAGAAAUAGCCGCCUCCAUUGGACGAGUGUUAUCUUGGUUGAAGAGUAUCGUUUCCAUAUGUAACAAGAAGAUGGGAGCACCAUACCGAAAAUGUACAGGAGCCUUUAAUACCGCCGAACAUAACUGCAGGGAGAUGCUCGGUUGGUUUUUCGGAUGGAUAUGUGGGAUUGUGACUGCUUUUAAACAAGUUUGUCACAUCGUCCGAAUUUCUGAGUUGCUGUGUGCUAUUACAAGCGUCAUCAAAAAUCUGAUCAUCGACAAAUUAGUUGACCCUGUGGGGGAGGCGAUAGACAACGUGUAUGAAAUGUUUUACUUCAACGUCUCCAUUCAUUACUCGUACAAGUUUAACAUGACACAGUCCAAGAAUCUGUCAGAAGUCCGAGACGACAUACUGGCAGACGUUAAAGGACGUAUUGGCCAGGUCGAUGCCCUCAUGAGUGGAGUUCAGUGCGCCAUGUCGUUUUCUUUCAUCUUCGUACUUCUAAAAGCAAUUUUAUACCGGAGGAAGUAUUUGACGGUAGAUAAGUACGACAAUGUGUACAUUACACUGAAGGUGGAGGGUAUAGACGAGCGCAGAUGUUCGCAUGGUAGUGAAAGUAUUCAGCCAUUGACGCCGUCAGAAUCCAACAAAUAUAUAAAGACAAGCUCUUUAUCUCUAGCCAAGCGAGAGAAAUCGAAACUAGCUAAAGGAAUUCUGAUGCUCAUCAUCAACUUUGCGUACUCCAGUUUCUAUAUCGUCUGUGACUACAGUCUCUACUGGCUACUCGAUCUACUUCGUACACAACUGAAGAUAAAAACACAUUCAGCAGUUCCUCCCCAUCUGAAAAUCCACGUCCAGGGGGAAGGGCCUAUGGCGGAUAUGUACCGUGCUCUCGUCGGCUUUUUUGACCCCUUUGUAGCAGGGAUCGAUGUGGAUACAACUCCUUGUUUACCUAACCCUAGUCAACCUAACUUUGCCAUCUAUAAACAAAUAUGGAGUAUGUUUGGACUUUAUCUAUUCUUAACCCUUUUUGAAGCAUAUGGUUUACGUUUGCGGCACGUGAUAGCCGCCUGUUACUAUCCACAGCGUGAACAACAGCGCGCGGUAUGGUUGUACAAUCACAUUCUCAAAUCACGGGGCGGCUUCAUCAAGAUAACAAGACGACAGCUAAAACGGAAAUACCUUAAAAACUCCGAGACAGAGAAGAUCAGUAUCCGUGGAAAAUUGGCUGCAAAAUAUCCGUUGGCUGGGAAGUUAUUCCGACAUCUAGGAUGGGACAUGAAGUCGUGUUUGUGUUGUGGCAAGGAAGGAAGGAAAAGAGAUUAUGACAACUUUAUCCACUGUGUGAAUGCCGGGUGUGACGGUUUAUACUGCACUCUCUGUUUCUCCGACCUCAACAACAUGUGUACUGUGUGUAUGAACCCUGUUGAUUAUGGAGACCUCUCAGACUUCAGUGAAGAAAGAGAUUCCAGUGAUGAUGAAGAAGUUGCAAGGAUGGCACAAAUUUCACAGAGACGACGUCAAGAAAUCCAGCGUCUUCAAGAAGAACGGACACCGUCAAACAUAUUAGGAACAUUCCGUCAUCAACUCCAGAUAACACAGGAGUACAAGGAUUAA